UUGCACCGUGCUUGCACUACCGGUAUUGAUUGUGUCGACUUGUUUCGGAAACCGACUGCUUUACAUUUAAAAUUCGGAUAGUGACAGUCAAAAUACUGGUUUGAAGAUAAUUUUUAAAGGAUUUGAAGAGUUUUCUAUCGUGCAUUGAAACAAAUUCAAGACUUGAAACUUGAAGAUACAUUUGAAAUAUUGAUAAGAGCUAUAGAACAGCUAACGCCUUCUGGCCUUCAUUCAAUAAACCAGUUUUGUUUGUUGCAACUGAGAUAAUUUCAAGCAACAUGAGAUACAGAAUCAGAUUUACUGAACUUGAAAUAAUGUACGGUAGUUGGAUGAUUUUUCAUUCUGAAGUAAUGAGGAUCGACUGUACGCGGUACGCAGUUACGGUAUGAAUUAUAAUUUACUGAUUGUACCCAGAAUAAUCUGUGUCAAGUUGUUUCCAGUGCGUUAACUGCUAGAAAGAUUUAUUAAUUCAGGCAAAAUGUCGGAUGAGAUUAGAGGCUCUUCAGUACUGUGGUUCAGACAUGGACUUCGAUUUCAUGACAACCCAGCACUGCAUGCAGCCAUCCAGGCCAAUUACAACUUCUAUCCAAUCUUCAUAUUUGACGGAGAGAGUGCUGGUACAAAAGUUGUAGGUCCAAACCGGAUGAGAUUUCUCUUGGAAUCGCUGAAAGAUCUUGACUCACAGCUUCAAAUUGUUGGUCAACGUCUCUUCGUUUUCAAAGGUUCUCCAGUGAAAAUCUUUGAAUGGAUGGCCAAAAGUUUGAAUAUGAAAACACUUUGCUUUGAACAGGACUGUGAACCGAUCUGGGCAGAAAGGGACAAUGCAGUGAAGAGUUUUUGCGAUGGCGCAGGCGUGAAAUGGAUUGAGAAAGUGUCUCACACACUGUGGAAUCCGAAGGAAGUGAUUGAAGCUAACGGUGGGGUUCCACCGCUCACUUACCAAAUGUUCCUGUAUACAGUAAGCACCAUUGGAAAUCCACCCCGUCCAGAAACCGACGUCGACUGGAGUAAGGUGAAAUUUGGAAAACUUCCAGAAGAUAUUCCCGAUGACAUAUUACUGUACCCAGGAGUACCAACCUUGGAGGAUUUCAAUAUGCGUGCCUACGAGGGAGGGGAGAGGAUGGUGCGCUGGGUGGGGGGAGAGACGACUGCCAUUGCCAACCUGAGAAGUCGAAUUCUGGUGGAAGAAGAGGCUUUCCGCUGCGGCUUCUACCUGCCCAAUCAGGCCAACCCUGACCUGGUUGCCCCGCCCACCAGCCAAUCAGCGGCGUUGAGAUUUGGAUGUCUGUCUGUGCGCAGAUUCUACUGGACACUGCACGACCUGUUCAACGAGAUACACAUGGGCAAGCUGCCGUCGAACCAGAACAUCACCGGACAGCUGAUUUGGCGCGAGUACUUCUACACGAUGUCGGUGGACAACGCGCAUUACGGCGAGAUGGCUCGCAACCCCAUCUGCCUCGACAUUCCCUGGAUGCCAGCCUCCAACGCAAACCACAGCCACUUUCUCCUGCGCUGGAAGCAGGGCAUGACCGGAUAUCCGUUCAUUGAUGCUGCCAUGCGGCAACUGUUGCAGGAAGGAUGGAUACACCACGUGGCCCGCAACGCAGUGGCCAGCUUCCUGACACGUGGCGACCUGUGGCUGUCCUGGGAGGAAGGCCUGCGUCACUUCCUGGAGCACCUGCUCGACGCUGAUUGGUCGGUUUGCGCGGGAAACUGGAUGUGGGUGUCCAGCUCGGCCUUCGAACAGCUGUUGGACUGUUCGCACUGUGUGUGCCCUGUCAACUACGGCCGCCGGCUCGACCCCUGGGGUGUCUAUGUCAAGCGAUACGUGCCAGAACUGAGUCAGUUCCCGGUUCAGUUCAUCUAUGAACCAUGGAAGCUACCCCUGGAGGAGCAGGAGAAGUACAACUGCGUGAUCGGCCGUGACUACCCGGAACGUAUCGUAGAGCACAAAGUCGCUUCCCAGAUCAACAGAAAGAAAAUGGAGCAAAUAAGAGACAGUUUAAUGAACGGAGUUCCACACUGCUGUCCUUCAAACACCGAGGAGGUACGCCAAUUCAUGUGGCUUCCAGACAACUGCAGUGAUCACGUAUGCGUUCCUACCUAAACUCGCAACCUAUGUCUACUGUACCUGGCUUCGGUUGUUACUUGAUGUUCUUUAAGAAUACAUAAAUAAUGUGCUCUCUAUAGCCGUGAUUAACCUUAUAGAAUCUUUAUAUGUUUAUUCAAUGUCAACAUUAUAGUUGUAUUGUGAAUGAUAUUGUGGUAUUUGUUCAUUAUGAAUUAACACAAAAAAAUUGUAGAACACUGUUUAUUGGUAAACACAUAAAUAGUGGUUGACAACAUA